ACAAAGAAGUUCUUCUCCGGCAACCAGCAAGUGAGCAGGCAGCAGUCCAGAUAUGGCGACAAGGGCGAUUUGGUCACCACCAACGGCCUGCAAUAUGGAAAGAAUUUGCUUAUGCAGCAAGAUGGAGGUAGUGACGAUCAUAUUGAACAAAUCAGAAUGAACAUUGCUGAAGCUCAGCGGACCACUGCACAACUCGCCGAGAAGGAGAGCGAAAAACACGCGCAACAGAAAGAGUUGAAUCAAAAAGAUAGUAUACGCUCACAAUCUAUCUCUGCAUUGAAGAAUAAGCUUCACGUAAGUGUUUGCUGGUGUAUUCAGGACUGA